GACGAUGUGGAGGUGGUCCGGGAGCCGCGGGAAUGCCGCACGCUGGAACCGGGGGUGCCCGACGAGGGGAAGCUGGAUGCCCGGGUGCGGGACGCGGUGCAGGUCUACACGGAGGACUGGCUGGUGGUGCGGAGGAAGUACCAGCGGCUCAGCACCAUGUACAGCCCCAACACGGCCGAGCGGCACCGCCAGAGACAGAGGGUGCUGCCCCGGCAGGUCUUCGAGCUGGACGAGGCCGCGGAGGAGCCGGAGGAGCUGAAGCGCCGCUCGCCCUCCCUGGAUGACACGCCCCGGGGCAGCUGGGCGUCCAGCGUCUUCGACCUGAAGAACUCGGUGGCCGACCCGCUGCUGCCCGCCCUGUUGGAGCACACGGCCAUGGAGGAGCUCGACCGGGGUAACGAGGAGCUGCGCAAGGAGAACCGGCACCCGGAGCUCCUGGCCCUCUUCCCCGCCCCCGACGAGGACGAGGCGGUGGAGCGCUGCAGCCUGCCCGAGGUCCCCCGGGAGCACUUUGGCCAGCGGAUCCUGGUGAAGUGCCUUUCUCUCAAGUUUGAGAUCGAGAUCGAGCCCAUCUUCGGGACCCUCGCCCUGUAUGACAUCAAGGAAAAGAAAAAGAUCUCCGAGAACUUCUACUUCGACCUCAACUCGGAUCAGGUGAAGGGGCUGCUGCGGGCACCCGGCGGCCACCCCGCCAUCUCCACGCUGGCGCGGUCCGCCAUCUUCUCCAUAACCCACCCCUCCCCUGACAUCUUCCUGGUCAUCAAGCUGGAGAAGGUGCUGCAGCAGGGGGACAUCGGGGACUGCUGUGAGCCCUACAUGGUCAUGAAGGAGACGGACGCAGCCAAGAACAAGGAGAAGCUGGAGAAGCUGCGCGGGGCGGCGGAGCAGUUCUGUAGCCGACUGGGCCGGUACCGCAUGCCCUUCGCCUGGACGGCCAUCCACCUCCUGAACAUCGUCAGCACCGCCGGGUCCCUGGAGCGCGACCCCGCCGACGCCGAGAGCGAGCGCCGGGGCACCUGGAACGAGCGCAAGCGGAGGACGCUGGAGCGCAUGAGCGCCGGGGAGGAGUUGUGCAGCUUCGCCAGCUUCCGUCCCGCCACCCUCACCGUCACCAACUUCUUCAAACAGGAAGGCGACCGUCUGAGCGCCGAGGACCUGUACAAGUUCCUGGCGGACAUGAGGCGUCCAUCCUCGCUGCUGCGCCGGCUGCGGCCCAUCACAGCUCAGCUCAAGGUGGACAUCUCACCGGCGCCCGAGAGCCCCCACUACUGCCUCUCCCCGGAGCUGCUGCACGUCAAGCCCUACCCGGACCCCCGGGUGCGGCCCACCAAGGAGAUCCUGGAGUUCCCGGCCCAUGAGGUCUAUGUCCCCCACACCACCUACAGGAACCUGCUCUACGUCUACCCCCAGAGCCUGAACUUCAGCAGCCGCCAGGGCUCGGUGCGCAACAUCGCCGUGAAGGUGCAGUUCAUGGCGGGCGAGGACCCCAGCCAGGCCCUGCCGGUGAUAUUCGGCAAGUCGAGCUGCAGCGAGUUUACGAAAGACGCCUACACCGCCGUGGUGUAUCACAACAGGUGCCCCGAGUUCUACGAGGAGUUCAAGCUGUGGCUCCCGCCCGCCCUGACGGACAAUCACCACCUGCUCUUCACCUUCUACCACGUCAGCUGCCAGCCCAAGCAGAACGCGCCACUGGAGACGCCCGUCGGCUACACGUGGGUCCCGCUGCUGCAGCACGGCCGCCUGCGGACGGGGCCCCUCUGCCUGCCCGUGUCGGUGGAGAAGCCCCCGCCCAGCUACUCCGUGCUCACCCCCGACGUGCAGCUCCCCGGCAUGAAGUGGGUCGAUAACCACAAGGGGGUGUUUCACGUGGAGCUGCUGGCCGUGUCCUCGGUGCACACGCAGGACCCCGCCCUGGAUAAGUUCUUCACACUGGGCCACGUGCUGGAGGAGAGCCACUUCCCGGUGCGGCUGCGGGACGCCGUGCUGACCGAGAGCAACGUGGAGGGGGAGCUGCGGGCCAGCGUGGCCGGGCUGCGGGGGGCCGGGCUGGGGCCACUGCUCGCCCACUGCCACCAGGUCCUGGACAAGCUGCUGCUGCUCAUCGCCCGCCCGCCCAUCAUCGGGGGCCAGAUUGUCAACCUGGGCCGCACCGCCUUCGAGGCCAUGGCCGUCAUGGUGAACCAGAUCCACCAGGGACUGGAGGCCAGCCAGGGCCAGCACCACCACAACCCGCUGCUGGCCGCCUACAUCCACUUCGCCUUCCGCCUGCCCGCCGAGCCGCCGCCAACGGGGGACGAGGCCAGGACGCCGCCCCAGGGGGCUGCCAUCCAAUGCGCCACCCUGUCCCGCGCCACCGGCCGCCCCGCCAGCCUCCACCUGUCCCGCUCCAAGAGCAUCAGCAACAGCAACCCUGACCUGGCCACCACGCCCGGCUCCCCCGACGAUGAAGUGCAGCAGAUUCUGGGCAGCAAAGGGAUCGACCGCUCGCACUCCUGGGUCAACUCGGCCUACGCCCCCGGCGGGCCCAGGGCCGUGCUCCGCCGGAACCCGCCCAGCUCCAGCGCCGACCUCAAACAGGCCUGCGAGCGAAGCUCUAACCGCCUCUCCUCCUUCCUGGAGCGCUCCUCCGCGCCCGCCGCCCCCACCAGGCCGACCGCCAAGAAGCUGCUGCACGAGGAGCUGGCCCUGCAGUGGGUGGUGAGCACCGGCGCCGUGCGCGAGGCCGUGAUACGCCAGGCCUGGUUCUUCUUCCGGCUGCUGGGGAAGAGCCUGGCCCUGCACCUGCACCAGGCCCAGAAGCUGGAGGCGCCGCGCCGGCAGCGCUUCCCCAGCCGCUUCGUGGACGACAUCGCCGCCCUGGUGGGCACCGUCAGCAUCGAGAUCGCCAGCCGCUACCAGAAGGACGUGGGGCUGGUGGAGCACCUCAACAGCAGCCUGGCCUUCUUCCUCAACGACCUGCUCUCCCUGAUGGACCGCGGCUUCGUCUUCAGCCUCGUCCGCCUCUACUACAAGCAGAUCGGUAGCCGGCUGCCGAGCGCCCAGAACCCCCCCGCCCUGGUGGCGCUGCGCGUGGAUUUCCUGCGCAUCGUCUGCAGCCACGAGCACUACGUCAGUCUGAACCUGCCCUGGCACAACCUCUCGCCACCCGCCUCGCCCUCGCCCUCCGUGUCCUCCGCCACCUCCCAGGGCUCGGCCUUCUCCAGCCCGGCGCAGGACCAGCGGGUGGCCGGCAUGUUCGAGCUGUCAGGGCCCUACCGCCGGCAGCACUUCCUGGUGGGGCUGGUGCUCACGGAGCUGGCGCUCAUCCUGGAGCCGGACGCCGAAGGCGUUUUCUUCCUGCACAAGAAGGUGAUCAGCGCCCUGCACAACCUGCUGUGCAGCCACGACGCUGACGUCCGCUACGCCGCCCCCCCCGUCCGCGCCCACGUGGCCCAGCUCUACCUGCCGCUCCUCAACAUCGUCCUAGACGCCCUGCCGCAGCUCUACGACUUCACCGAGAACCACAGUCCACGCGGGCGCCUGGUCACCGUGCCGGGGGACGAAGGAGACAGCGACAGCGGCACCAUCAGCCAAUCGGUGGCCAUGGCCAUCGCCGGCUCCCCCCUGCCCCACGCCCACCGGGCCAGCCCCUUCCCGCUGCCGGCAGCCCCCCCGCGGCCGGCCGGCACUCUGUCGGCCGAGGCGAGCCGCACCCUGCUGGCCUGCGUGCUGUGGGUGCUGAAGAACGGGGACGCGGGGGUGCUGCACAGCUGGUGUGCGGAGCUGCCCCCCCUGCACCUCGGCCGCCUCCUCGACCUGCUCUACGUCUGCGUGGCUUGCUUUGAGUACAAGGGCAGGAAGGCCUUCGAGCGUAUCAGCAGUCUGGCCUUCAAGAAGUCACUGGACAUGAAGGCGCGGCUGGAGGAGGCCAUCCUGGGCACCGUCGGCGCGCGCCAGGAGAUGGUGCGGCGCAGCAGGGAGCGCAGCCCCCUGGGGGGCCAGGAGAGCGUUCGCUGGAGGAAGAACCUCGCUCACUGGCGCCCGAACUCCGACAAGGUGGACAAGAGCCGGGAGGAGGUGGAGCAGGAGGUGCUGGUGGAGGGGAACCUGGCGACCGAGGCCAGCCUGGUGGUGCUGGACACGCUGGAGAUCAUCGUCCAGACGGUGCUGCUGGCGGAGGCCAAGGAGAGCGCGCUGGACGGGGUGCUGCGGGUGCUGCUACACAGCAUGGCCUGCACGCCCAGCGCCGCCUUCCUGCAGCAUUGCUUCGCCUCCCAGAGGGCGCUGGUGAGCAAGUUCCCGGAGAUGCUGUUCGAGGAGGACACGGAGCUCUGCGCCGACCUGUGUCUGCGGCUAUUGCGUCACUGCAGCAGCCGGGUGGCUGCCAUCCGCGCCCACGCCAGCGCCUCCCUCUACCUGCUCAUGCGCCAGAACUUCGAGAUCGGCCACAACUUUGCCCGGGUGAAGAUGCAGGUGACCAUGUCCCUGUCCUCGCUCGUCGGGACCUCGUCCAACUUCAACGAGGAGCAUCUGCGGCGCUCGCUGAAAACCAUCCUGAGCUACGCCGAGGAGGACGCCGGGCUGCGGGACAGCAGCUUCGCUGAGCAGGUGCAGGACCUCGUCUUCAACCUGCACAUGAUCCUCACCGACACCGUCAAGAUGAAGGAGCACCAGGAGGAUCCAGAGAUGCUGAUCGACCUGAUGUACAGGGCGUCUCGUCCAACGUGCUGGAGGAAUCGGCCGUCUCGGACGACGUGCUGGCCCCGGACGAGGAGGGGAUCUGCUCCGGGAAGUUCUUCACCGAGCUGGGGCUGGUGGGGCUGCUGGAGCAGGCGGCCGCCUUCUUCACCCUGGGCGGGCUGUACGAGGCGGUGAACGAAGUCUACAAGAUCCUCAUCCCGAUCUACGAGGCCAACCGGGAGUUCAAGAAGCUGGCGGCUCUGCACGGCAAACUGCAGGACGCCUUCGGCAAGAUCAGCAGCCAGAGCGCUGGCUGGGAGCGCAUGUUCGGGACGUAUUUCCGGGUCGGGUUUUACGGCAGCAAGUUCGGGGACCUGGACGAGCAGGAGUUCGUGUAUAAAGAACCAUCCAUCACCAAGCUGGCCGAGAUCUCCCACCGGCUGGAG